AAUUUGAUUCUUGUGUGUUUUUGUCUCUGUUUGUCUAUCACUUCUUUCCAUUCAUCGUACUUUUAGAAAUGCUUUAUUUUUAUUCAAUUUGAUUCUUGUGUGUUUUUGUCUCUGUUUGUCUAUCACUUCUUUCCAUUCAUCGUACUUUUAGAAAUGCUUUAUCUUUAUUCAAUUUAAUAGAUAUGCAUUAGUUUU